CGUUUUUAUUCGGCGUUAAGCGUUCUCAUCGAACGGUCGUGUGUGUCUGCGUGCUCUGUGAUCCGCAAACGCCUAUGCGCUAUACUCUCUCUCUGGCCAGUCAUUCUGUCAGACAGUCGAGUUAGUUUCGACGCGAUUCGCAGCUGCGCGACAAUCAAGGCGGCAAAACUGAUUUUAGUUACAUUCGUUGGCUCCGAUCGUGCCGUGUGUCGUCGUGUGUGUUUGUGGAGUGUGGAGCAGAUUCCAAAGUCACCGCUCAGUGUUCUUUAGGUCUGGAACAGACUGCCGACCAUUUAUGUCUUAUAAAAGAUAAGCACAGAGCAAUCAAGUAGAUCAAACUCCAACAUCCCACUGCAGCCAUGAAACACUCUAAUCUGCCAGCUCUGCUGGCUCUGUUGCUCUGCAUUUGUGCAGCAACCGCCUCAACGCCCGCCUCAUACUUCUGUCCCGAGGACUGCAGCUGCACACUGUCCCAGCACACGCACACACCGACACUGCAUGCGAAAUGCAACAGCACCCGGGGAUUGCAGUACUCUGAGGAGCCACUGCCAGCCAACAUCCCCAUACAUUCCAUCGAUCUGUCCUUCUUGGGGCUGAAGCGAGUGGGACACAUACUGGACAUGCUGCCCAAUCUGACCUCAGUGGAUCUUUCGCACAACGAACUCCACGACAUCGGACAUCUGAGCAAACAGAUCAAGAAACUCCAUGUGAAGCAUAAUCGCCUCACCUCGGAGCAGCUGCUGAAGUUGCCACAGCACUUGACGGUGCUCAAUCUGCAGCACAAUGACAUCACAUAUCUGCCCAUGGAAUUGACGCAUCUGCAUCAUCUGGAGCAUCUGGAGCUGGGCCACAAUCCCAUCAACUGUUCGUGCUCCACGCUUGAGGUGCGCAAUUGGCUGCAGGAACGCAACAUGUACAUGGCCAAGCCUGUGGUCUGUCAUCAGCCUCGCGAGGCUUACGGCAAGUCCUGGCUGCAGAUCAAACAGUCGCAGAUUUGCAGGAAAAACUACAGCUGGCCCGAUGUCGACGAGAGCGAUGAGAAUGAGCUGAUGAUGGGCGAUCAGCCUGCCGAUAAUGAGGAGGAAGUGGAUGAACUUGGCAAGGAUUUCUUGGUCAUCGAUGGCAAGAAGUCAACCAGAGCUGUAGAGCCAGCACCGCCAGUGCUGAAUGAUUUCGAGGGUUCUGGCGACUUGACCCAACCCAAUAUGGAGCUCGUGGCUGCCAAACAAGUGUCCUCAGAGUCCGCGACAGAGGAGGAGCCCAAGGUCGAAGCUGUGGUGGAUCAUCUGCAGCAGGAUGAGGAGGACGAUGGUUCUGGCAGCGGUGGUGGACCGUUGCCCAUCGUUCCCAUCGAUUUCACGAACAACGCUGACAAUGUCGAUGACUUUGAGACACCAGAUUCGGUAGAGUCUGAGCAAAAACACAACGAAAACGAUGACGAUAACAGCAAAACCAACGACGAGACUUUCGACAACAAGCCCGUGGAGACGCCAACAACUGAGUCCCCAGUCGUGUUCCCCAGUAACUUCAACAUCUUUGGUGAUGGCAAGGGUGCCCAGCAGCAGCCAGAGCAGUCUGUGGAGGAGAAGUCCGAGGAGGCGAAACCCGUGGAGGAGGAAGUCAUUGUGCCCGUGGUACAGACCAAAUUGGACACGGACCAGUCACUAGAUGUGAUUACCGAUGCUCCAGUAGGGUCGGAGCACUCGGGUGACAUACUGGCCGCCAAGAUUGGCAAGAAGGAUGACAGCAAUGCCAUUUACUUCCUGCUCGGUGUUAUCGCUCUCAUUGUGGUCGGUCUCAUUUUGUUUGUGGCCAUCAGACGUUGCAAGUACAACAAUAAUGCGGCAGCACGUGAUUUGGAAGCACAGCGUGUAACCGAAUUGCUGGAUAUGGACAAGAAGAAUCUGGGCAAACCCUUGGCACGUAACGGACACGAACAGGCACCGCUCAUCGGGGAGAAAUCCAAACUGAACGAUGCACAGAUUGUCAACGGUUCCGGCAAGAAGCCAUACGACAGCAAGGAUGGCGCCGGACAGCAGCCGCUGUUGAAUGGCAAUGGCACGGCCAAUGGCGAGCCCAACAAGGAUGUGCCCACCAUCCAGGAGCCCAGCACCGGCGAGCCAGCACCGCAUGAAUACUAUCCCAUCACACCCAGAUACCCAACGCCACAGUCGCCACGUGCCUCGAAGUACGCACAGCAUCCGCAGGGCGAGGGGGCCGAGCCGAACAACAACAACGAACCGGAUGGGGCAUAUUUGCCAUCGUCGCCCAAAUCGGGUCGCUAUUCGCCGGUCUAUUCGCCAGAGACGGGACGCGUCAAGAUCAAGCUAACCGAAACGCCCAAGCCGAAGACACCGAUGCUGGUGACACGCAGUAAAUCCAAUGCUGGCGACAUUAUCACAACGCCCGUGCCCACACAUCAGGUGCCAGUUGGAGGUGCCAAUGGCGUGGCCAGUCACUGAGUGAGGCGUCAGUCCAUAGCCAAGUGUAAGUGCCAAGCAGCAGCAACCAGCAAGCAAAUCAACAACAUUAACUUUUCAAACUACAAAAUGAGAGAGCAGCCAGCAACCAGCAGCCGAAGCAGCAGGAAAAGCAGCCCCCAACUUGAUCGAGGGUGAUCGAUGAAGUACCGAGAGCAAAACUAUUCGAUUUAAGCUCCCACACACACACACACUCCCCUCUUAAAUAUACUAUGUGUAACCAAUUGUAGUCUAGCGAUUAAGUAAAUUAAUUAUUAUCUAAGCAUAAAUCUAGUUUAAUACCAAAGUUAUAAAUAUCUUAAAUGUAAAGUUUUCCACCAAACGCGCGAAUUACAAAAAAGGGAUCAACACUUUGCGAAACUAUUCCUCUUCUACGUUCUGAUGCAUACUAACCAUCUGAACAAUGAUCUUUAACUGCAUCUGAUGUACAUGUGAUGUACACAUCUUUACUUACAUACAUAUGUGAAUUUUAUAUGAAUCCGUAAUGUAUAAUACUUAAGCGCUUUUCUCUUGUGAAAUUAUAUUGUGUUACUCUUUGUGUGAAUGACUCUUCAAUUCAAUAUAAGCCUAUCAAUAAAAACCAAAAAACGACAACAAUAAAAACAAAUAGUUUCGAUAAAA